CAGACAUUUUACACAGAAGCUUGUGCCGGUGUAGAAAGAAAGAUAUAUUUAAUUUCUCUGCUAUUCUGGACAAUAAUCAUUCAUCAAAUCACAAUGUAGUCCAUCACUGAAAUCUCUGUACAAGUUCGGUUCUUGGAGCAACACUGUAUGUACUGGAUUGCCAUCAUGUGCGGUUUCAGUUUGGUACUUCACACAUGAUUGUUCAUUAAAGCAGCUGGCGCAGAAAUCCACAGGACUGGAGCUAGAGAGGUGGUGACAGGAAGCGAGAUGAGGAGAGGACGCAAAAAAGGAGGAAGUCGGGAGAAGGUGUUCGGAUGCGACCUGCUUGAACAUCUGACCUCCACCGCACAAGAGAUUCCUCUAGUAUUACGCAGCUGUGGUGAAUUUAUUGAGGAACAUGGAAUCGUUGACGGGAUUUACAGACUGUCGGGAGUUUCGUCCAAUACACAGAAAUUAAGAUCUGAGUUUGAUUCUGAAGGAACUCCUGACCUCAGUAAGGAUGUUUAUCUGCAGGAUAUUCACUGUGUCAGUUCUGUAUGUAAAGCGUACUUCAGAGAACUGCCCAACCCUCUGCUCACAUAUGAACUCUACGAUCGCUUUGCUGAUGCCGUGGCUGUUCAACUGGAAGAUGAGAGACUGGUGAAGAUUAAAGAGGUGUUGAAGGAUCUACCGGUCCCUCAUUACAGGACUCUGGAAUAUUUGAUGCGACAUCUGGUCAAGAUGUCCACAUACGCGUCGGAGACCAACAUGCAUGCCAGAAACCUUGCCAUCGUGUGGGCCCCAAACCUCCUCAGAUCGAAGGACAUCGAGUCAACCGGUUUUAACGGCACAGCAGCAUUCAUGGAGGUGCGAGUUCAGUCCAUCGUGGUGGAGUUUAUUCUCACUCAUGUGGCCGAGCUCUUCCCUGGAUCAGGUUUGGCUGUGGAGCGCAGGAAGUCCCUUCCCUCACCCUCGAUACUGUCCGGUCAGGAUGACCAUUUCUUCAAGUCUUUGCCUUUGCAUUGUUCAGGAAACCUCAGUCCUGGUGAUGGACCGCCACUCAUGCGACCAUACCACGCAAUCAUCGACGGCACUGACAAGAGGAAGGGUUCCCUCAAAGGCAGAAAGUGGAGAUCUAUCUUUAAUUUGGGUGCGAGACUGCAUGAUCCACGCAAGAAACACAAAUAUUGUCCUAAAGAUAAAGAGGAGAUGUCUCUGCGGCCAGCGAAAAGUAUGGACUCUCUGAGCUCAGGGCCUUAUGGGGUGGAAGAUUCGAAGCAUCCUCAAAUUCUUCCUCCUCUGGUCCUGUCCGUGGCCUCGGGAAGCUCAGAGGGCAUGUCUACUGUCGGUGGGGGCAUGUCUAGUGGUUAUGCGGUGACGUACCGGCGUACGGGCGGGGCACAGGUGAGCAUGGUGAGUGGAGGGACUGCAGGUACUUACAAUCGUCUGGAUGCAGGGGGCGGAGCUACUGGCACGGAAGGGUCAUCGCAAGGCGUGUCCAGGUCCCCGGGCAUGACAAACAAAGCGGACCGCCGUGCUGGUAUCCACAUAUCAGGACCCUUCUCAGUGACUGUUCCCCUUCACAUUACGUCAGGUUUGGCUUUGGGUGUUCUACAGGGGGGCUGGAACGAGAAGGAAGAAGAUGAUGAGGAAGAUCAUCCAGAAACAGAAGACGGCAAUGACACAGGGCAGAAAGAGGACGAGAGGAUGUCCACAGAUGGGAAUUCGCAAACAGAGAGAAAAAAUAAUGAUGUUCUAGAAAUCAACUCGGACAGUCAGGUGGAUUGUGGGAAGGAAUUAACAAUGAUUACAGGAAAGGAAAACGUUACGCCAGAGAAGCAAGACACAUCCAGAGGAGCAGAGAAAGAAGAUCUGACAACGAAUCUAGCAAAUGUAGAAGAUACAGAGCCACAGGACCAAAAUGAAACCAUUGAGGGGGAUUACAUGGACAUGAGAGGAAACCUGAAUCAAGAAUCAUCAGAAGCUCAGUGGGAGACUGACUGUAAACUGUCCCCCGUGUAUGUGGAGUUUCGUGAACAGGAUUUUCCACUGGAUUUCCACGAAGCUUUCGGGUUCCUCGAUUUGAUGGACAGCAGUGCAUCAAACCAGAUUUUUCCAGAGUUUUCCGUAGAGCCACCCUGUUUUGAAGAGGAAGAUGAGGAAGUGGAGGAUGAAAACAAGGACAAUCAAGCUCUCUCCUGCGCAACACAAAACCACAGUAUUGCCUUUGAAGUGGCCGCAGCUAAAAGCAUCAGUCCGACAAUCAAACACAGGCCUCUAUCUGGCAAAUCACACAGUUUACCUUAUAAGUCCCGCCCCUUCAUGCCCACCCUGUCAUUAUCCUCGGAUGACGAAUACAGCCCUGGCGACGACGAUGAAGAUGACGAUUCCGAUAAAGGCUCUGAAUAUGAGGUCAUGUUUUGUCAAAGUCUGCCAUCCAGUCGUGAUUUUCACGGUCUAUCCUGGUCAUGUCCACAAACAUCUGCUUCAACGAACAAUGUGACAGAUGUUCGCUCCAGCAACCAAUCAGAAUGCUUAGAUGAGGAACACAGAAUAUAUCUUCCAGAGUACAUCGAAGAUGUGCAAUCCAUUAUCCAAUCAGAAGACGUGAUUCUUGCAGCUAGCACAAUGAUCGAUAACCGCGAAGAGCAUCUCAGUUCAGAUGAUUUAAAGAUCAACGAUCUUCAUAUGGAUGGAAAGAAGAAUGAAGAGAGAGAAUCAGAGGACGUGGAGAAUGGUAUAGACACUGUAACGGUAGAAGACAACCCAGAAAGUGAAGCCAGUGAAGAAGACACAUAUUUUGGACCAGACUCGAUACCGUCUUCGCCAGUGUCCAACCAGCCCAAGAUUGCCUCGAACAUCAGCAUCCAUGAUGAGCCCAUCCCAGGACAGUUCACAGAUGGAGUGGCUCAACGGGUGCUGGAUGCCGACAGUUACCAAGACAACACAGUGAGUGAUGUCAUAAUCGCAGAUGACCUCACUGCCACGGACUCCGCCUCUUUGGCUCCUCAAGACGACGUGACGACGGAUCAAUCGCCGGAGGAACAAAAAAUGUGUUCCGGUGACAGAGACGUGAUUGAGGAGAUGAGGACAUUGGAUGAUGAGCCCAUCCCAGGACAGUUCACAGAUGGAGUGGCUCAACAGGUGCUGGAUACCGACGGUUACCAAGACAACACAGUGAGUAAUGUCAUAAUCGCAGAUGACCUCACUGCCACAGACUCCGCUUAUUUGGCUCCUCCAGACGAAGUGACGACGGAUCAACCGCUGGAGGAACAAAAAAUGUUUUCCAGUGACAGAGACGGGAUUGAGGAGAUGAGGACAUUGGAUGAUGAGCCCAUCCCAGGACAGUUUACAGAUGGAGCUGCUCAACGGGUGCUGGAUGCCAACGGUUACCAAGACAACACAGUGAGUGAUGUCAUAAUCGCAGAUGACCUCACUGCCACGGACUCCGCCUCUUUGGCUCCUCCAGACGAAGUGACGACGGAUCAACCGCCGGAGGAACAAAAAAUGUUUUCCGGUGACAGAGACGUGAUUGAGGAGAUGAGGACUUUGGAAGAUGAGCCCAUCCCAGGACAGUUCACAGAUGGAGCGGCUCAACAGGUGCUGGAUGCCGACGGUUACCAAGACAACACAGUGAGUGAUGUUAUAAUCGCAGAUGACCUCACUGCCACAGACUCCGCUUCUUUGGCUCCUCAAGACGAAGUGACGACAGAUCAACCGCCGGAGGAACAAAAAAAGUUUUCCGGGGACAGAGACGUGAUUGAGGAGAUGAGGACAUCGGAUGAUGGUGAAACAGAGGAGGAAGAGAAGAAAGGUGAUGAAACCACAGAAGAAGGGGAAAAUAUGUUGGAGGCCAAGGAGUUAAAAAUGACAGAACAUGAAGAAAAAUGGUGGGAAAAUGAAGAGAACCCUGAGGCAAAAGCUCAAGAGAUGGAAGAGUUUGUACACAUCAAUGAAAUGGUUCAAGACUCAGAGGAAGAUGCAUCUGUAGAAGGAAGUAGCGAUGAAAAAGUAGAACACAACGAUAUAGAGGAAAACGAUGAAGAAAAGACGAGCAAUGACAAGAACGUUGGAGGUUCUGAGGAGAACGCCAACGAUAAAACAGACAGUUGUUAUGAGUUAAGUUCUACAGACAUAGUUGAGGGAAAUAUCUCUCAUGAAGGAAUAACAGCAGAGAUCUUUGAAGUAAAAGAAGGUCCUUUAUAUAGUGAUGAUCUUGAACAGUCCACAAUCAUCCAUCAACCAGACGAGAUUCUGGAGGACAGGGAGACGGAAGAGGGGGCAAUGAUCCCAGACGUCGAAUUGCCACAUAGUGUUGAGCACAUUGACGUGCCAGAGCUGGAGCGGGCAACAAGCGAUCCCAAACAUUCUCCAUGUAAAGUGCUAUAUCGGGUGAAGGCCGUACCCAUUGUCCCACCCAAACCACAAAACUCCAAGCUCACUGCGUUCACUCUCAGACACAGAUAUUCCCAGGUAGUGGACACAGCCAAACCAGAUGAAACAGACGUACAGCACAUAGAAAACAAGAAGCAGAGAGAGAAUGAGAAGACGGAGGAAACCGAUGAAACCACAGAGAACGUUAAAAAACAGCUGAAGGAAACCGAUGUGGAUGGGAUGAGUCGGGAAGAUGGGACAAUGCAAGAAAGGGAGGAUCCGAGAGAAAGACAGGGGACUUGGGAUGGUGGGAAAGAUUGGGGGAAAGAUGUCAUCAAGGAAACCGAGAAAGAGGUGAAGAGGAACAGCACCAUCAGUAUGUGUUUCGAUGAAGCCGUCGCUCGAGCCACAGUGAAGAGGAGCAGAGAGAAAGAAAACACAGACAGAUUAUCAGGAGCUCAGAGGGAACGAGAGAACAGAAGAGACGGAUCCAAAAACCGAGAGAAAGAGGACGAGAGCAAAACUGACUAGGGGACCAUGUAUGCUCAAAUGUGUCCAAAGAAUGGCAAUCAACUUCUUCAUUAGGCUGCUCCCGUUAGGGGUCGCCACAGCGGACCAUCCGUGAUCCGCAUAUUUGACUUGGCACAGGUUUUACGCCGGAUGCCCUUCCUGACGCAACCCCCAGUGGCUGUGGGACUAUCACUCUUACCUAUAGGGCAAUUUAGAGCCUCCAGUCACGAUCACUUAACUUGCAUGUUUUUGGACUUGUGGGGGAAACCAGAGCACCCGGAGUAAACCCAACGAGAACAUACAAACUCCACACAGAAAGGCCCAGUUGAGCCGGGACUCGAACCCGGGACAUUCUUGCUGUGAGGCGCCAGUGCUAAUGUACCUAUUCAUAUACUUUUCUUUCAAUACCAAUACCAAUUUUAUCAUCCAUAAAAAAAAUUUAUUCAAAUAAACGUAGCCGACCUUUCAGGCUUGUUCUGUUGCAAUUGUCAUACAGUCAUUUGAAUUAAAGGUGCUGUAAGGGAUAGUUUUCUUGAGUCAUGAGGUAUCUCACAAGUCUCUGUGACAGCUCUAGACUUUGUAAAAAGCUAAUAUAAAUGUGUCCGUGGGCCGCGGCCUCUAACGCUUUCCGCCUGUCAAUCAUUUUUCAUGUUCUCAUAUGGGACUUUUCCACGGCACGUUACGGUUCGUCUCGACUCGCUUUACUUUUCUGAGCUUGCUUUUCCACUGCAGUUUAGUGCCGCCUCAACGUAGGUGGGAUUAUAGGCUGAUCGUCAUAGUAACGCUGCCUCUACUGCCGUGACAUCAUCUUAAACGUGACAAAAAACAAUGAACAAUAGCACGACCGCUAGCUGUUAGCUGCUAGCUCACUGUGCUGCAUAAAGCAGUUGUUGAUGAUGAUUUUACACAAGUGUAACAGUUAAAUUGGCCCUAAACUAAAUAAAGUGAAGCUUAUAUAGAGCAGAAUAUAGAGUUAACGUAACCAAACGUCCCAUCCUCCAUCGUGGACCCCAACAACGCCGUGGCCGAGUUCAAGGCACUCUCCGUCCCAUUGCUCGCCGGUCUAGAUAACGUCCAUUUGGUCGAACCACUUCCACUUUUCCUUGAUGGUUCUGUCGUCACUUAAGUUUAUUUAACUUUUCCCUUCACUGUUGGUCAGUCCGGUGGUAGCCGUGUGCAGCCAACAGCUGAGAUACUUCCUGAAAGACAUUUUCAUUUCGUUCGUCGUUAACGAGAGGCCCGUCUGCACCUCGUUUAUUGACCACGGCGUACUUUUUUCACAAUUCGAAAGUCGCGUGAACAAAUGACACUGCUAUCGCUGUUGCUAACUUUAAAACUAGCGGGUUGAUAUCGCUUGUUGCAAAUCCAGUGAUGCUGGUAGAGACGAUUCUCGCUGGCCAAUCAGUGAUCAGCAGGGUUUUGAUUUGGCUGGACCGAGGUGGUACUAAAAACAGUACCAGGUACUAUCCACAAUGGAGAACCCCCAAAAAGCGAGCAGUCGAGUCGAGCCGUACCGUACAGUGGAAAAGCCCCAAUAGUGUUGUCAUUGCCAUAUUCUGAUUUAUAAUUAUAUUUGUAGUUGAGGGCGCCAUUUCACUACUGUUGCAUUUGACAACAGUGGGAACAUGCUUUGUAGCGGUUUCAACCGGUAUUUUAGAGCUACUUGGUUUCAACAGUAUCGGGUACAUCUUUUUGGAAAGAGGGGUCGUGGCUAAACGAAGUGAAUCGCUUACAGCACCUUUAAAUAUUCAUUUUAAGUAUAAGUAUUAACUAUUAAAUCAAAGCUGUCCAUAUUCAGCCAGCUUAUCAAUUAAGGUUGUAGCAGUUUAAUGUUGUGAUCAUUGUAGUGUUUGUAAUAAAUAUUAAAGGAAUAUUCCUGUUCAGCUCAGUCGACAGCAUUUGUGAUGUAAUUUUGAUAACCACAAACAUUUAUUUCUAGAGGGUUUAAAGCCAGAAAUGUGAAUGUUAGCGGUCGUUUAAUAAAACUGGAUAUAACAUUUGAAUCAUGUUAACACACGUAUUGUUUACGUCUUGUGUCUAUACUAUUAAAACAGUGAGUAUUUUAAUGUUUACAGAUUAAACCCCAUUGACUUGCAUUGGAAGUGUCUCACUGGAACACACAUUUGUGCUUUAUUAAAGGAGGGACGAGUCGAAAUACAUUUUUGUUUAAUCAACUUUAUGCCCCAAAUGCUGUCGAUUGAUCUGAACUCGUAUUAUUCCUUUAAUGCAUUCAAAGGCACAUACAAAGAGCAACUCAGGGAAUCUGUGUUAUACUGUAUAUUGAAAUGUCAUAUUUUUAAGAAAGCCUCUGUUGUUGCAAACAUUUCUAUUCAAUA